UUUAUAUUAUGUUAUUCUUGAUUAAGUAACUUAUGUUUUUGUUUUAUAUACAUGUGUAUUACUUAGUAUUCUCUUCAAGGGCUCUUUCAAUAACGUAUCGCAGAUUUUCAACUUCUUUUAUUAAUUCUCCUAGAAAUUUCACUUAUAAUUUUAACAAUUCUCAUAUAAAUACGUUUUCCCAGCCAUUUAAUAACAGAAUUGAACAGGAUUUAAUUAAAUCAUCCCAAUUCUCUAAUGGAAGGAUUCCUCUAUAUUACGCGGUUAAAUUAGUCCUUCCCGAAGGUGAGAAGGUAAUUGAAAGCGGUGAGGAUGAGUAUAUAUUGGAAUCAGCUGAAAAUCAGGGAGUUGAGCUUCCCUAUAGUUGUCGAGGUGGUAGCUGCUCUACUUGUGCAGCCACAUUGGUGUCUGGAGAAAUAGAUAACAGUGAACAGAGUUAUUUGGAUGAUGAGCAGGUGAAGAAGGGCUACUGUUUGCUCUGUACGAGCUACGCAAAGUCAGACUGUACCAUAGAAACACACAAAGAAGAGAAACUACAUAAAGAAGAAGAGACUAAUUUAAAGCAAUAAUAUAAUAUAAAAAA